GACGGCGACAAGUGGUAUGGAUUCGAUUGAACGGCGUCUCGUUUUCCUCGCCUGCCUGGCGAGCCUCGUCGCGGGCUUCGUCGCCCAGGAUAUCCUGGGAUGCGGCGGCUUCCUGAAGAGCCACGCCGACAUCGAUUUCACAAAGGUGCACGUGAGGUUGUACACGAAGACCGGCAGUCUGAAGGAUCAGACCGAGUGCGCGCCCAACACCGGCUACUACUUCCUGCCUCUGUACGACAAGGGUGAAUACGUGUUGAAGGUAGAUCCUCCCAGAGGCUGGAGCUUUGAGCCCACAGAGGUAACGUUGAACGUAGAUGGUGUUACGGAUGACUGCAGUCAGGGAAAGGAUAUUAACUUUACGUUCAAGGGAUUCGGUAUCACAGGACGCGUGGUUAGUUUGGGUACUAACUCUGGUCCUAAAGGAAUUACUAUCUCCUUAUACGCAGAGAACAAUAAACAAACUCCCAUUAAAUCGACGUUAACAGCAGAAGGGGGCAUAUUUUACUUUACUCCCAUUCAGCCUGGAAAGUACAUUCUCGUCGCUGAUCACUCCAAAUGGCUAAUAAAGGAAAGUAAAAUUGAAGUAAUUGUGCAAGAGGGUAACACCGAACUCGCGGAUGGCAGCCUGGUAGUGUCGGGAUACGACGUCAGCGGCAAAGUCACUAGCGAGAAUGAACCAGUGGCCGGUGUCUCUUUCAUCCUUUUCGGCAAUGGCAUCGCCGAGAAAUGCGAGACUACUCCCAUGAGCAAGAAUUUCGAAUCCAAGAAACCACUCUGCCACGUGACCUCAGAUAAUACCGGUAGAUUCGUAUUUCCCAGUCUGUCGCCUGGCGAUUACAAGCUUGUGCCUCACUACGCCGGUGUCCAGACGAAGUUCGACGUCCAGCCGCCGGAAUUGUCCUUCAAAGUUAGCCACAACAGCGUGGUGCUCUCGCAAGACUUUCGAGUAACCGGUUUCACGGUCGGCGGCCUGGUGCGCAGCUCGACGAACGGAAAUCCUUUACCGGGAGCAAAGAUAUUCUUGUCGCAGAAAGAAGUUGCGGUCACCGACAAAAAUGGGAAAUACGUGCUGGACAACAUGAAAGCCGGCCAGUAUACACUGAGAGCGGAAUCUGCGAACGUACAAUUUAGCGAAAGGACAGUUAAGAUAUCUCCCACCUCGCCCGAACUCCCGGUGCUGGCACCCUCGGCGUACAAGGUCUCGGGAAAAGUCACCCUGUCGGCGAAGGGGACGCUGCACUUCCGUCGAAUAUCCAUUCAAAACACAGCCGCCACGUUUUACAAGGAGCUCGACACCAAUGAAAAGACGGGAGAGUACUCUGUGUACCUCGCACCGGACAAAUAUCAGCUGAGUGUAAUAGUGAGCACGGAAGAGAAAACCAAGGGUUUACAAUUUUAUCCGCUGCAACAAACGAUUGACGUGACGUCUCAACCGAUUACCAACGUCAACUUCUUACAAUUAAAAGCCACGUUAACAGGAACGGUACACUGCUUGCCGGGGACAGAUUGUGGUCAGGCCUCCGUUACUUUGAAGAUACUCGACGGGGUCACGAUAAAGACGGUACAAACUAAAGACGGCCAGUACCAGUUCACGGACGUUCUGCCCGGCCACUACGAGAUCUUCAUCGACAACGACGUGUUUUGCUGGGAGAAUCCCAGUUACAGGAUCUCGAUAACGUCGGAGCGCGCCGAGGUGCCGCCGUUCAAGCAAACCGGCUUCUCCAUCACCUUCAUAUCGUCCCACGACACGGCCGUCGAGUACUUCGAGCCUAAUAACACGAAACUGAUCACGCUACCCCUGAACAAGGGCAGCAUGAGGCACUGCGUGCCUAAAGCUGGAGCGUACACUUUCAUUCCGAAGGGUUGCCACAUAUACGAGAACUCCUCCUACAACUGGGACACAAGCAAUCUCUCCCCGAUCUUGCUGCAUUCCACCGAACACACUCACAAAGGCAGUAUUAUAAGUUUGAGCGUGCAAAGCGAUCUCAAAGUAAAAAUCGAAGACGCAAACAACAGUGUCACGAUCGGACCACUGAAACCUGUAAAAAAAGAUGACGUAUACAAAUACGAGUUCGAGUUUAAGGCGAAAACUGAUAAUAUGUACACUAUCACUCCAUUGUCGGACAUUCUGCUUUUCAAUCCGCCGUCUCUGAAGGUCUUUGGCGUGAAUGACUGUCAUAACGACAUCGCAAGUUUUGCCGGUGAUUUAGGAAAGAUAAUAGCCGGACAGAUCUCUCCGCCGUUGGAAGGCGUAACUAUAAAGAUAAUUGGGAAGGAUCAAGAGUCUCCGGUUCACACGUUAGUUACACAAAAAGACGGGGUUUACAGCGUUGGACCUUUGGAUGGGAAAAUCGAAUAUAGUAUUACAGCUGAGAAGGAAGGUUUCAUAAUCACUGGGCCUGAUGCUAAAGGAGUGUUCUUGGCGCACAAAUUGGCCGAGAUUAUCGUGCAAGUGUCCGAUCACGCUGACGGUUCUUCGUUGCAGGGUGUGCUUCUUUCUUUGUCCGGCGGUCAAAGUUAUCGCAAGAACAGCAUAACCGGCGAAGACGGGAAAUUUGUAUUCAAUUCAUUGUCGCCGGGCGAGUAUUAUCUGCGACCUAUGAUGAAGGAAUACCGCUUUGAUCCGCCAUCGAAGAUGAUUAACGUCAUGGAAGGCGCGACCGUCAACGUGAAUCUGUUCGGCAAUAGAGUCGCCUAUAGCGCUUACGGUUCCGUCACGUCCUUGAAUGGGGAACCGGAAGUCGGCUUGCUGGUCGAAGUUCAGGGCCAAGGAAACUGCUCCAGUCUCCAAGAGGAGGCCACGACCGAGGAGAACGGUAACUUUAGGAUCCGCGGUCUACAGCCCACGUGCGUCUACGCCUUCCGCCUGAAGCCGAACGUGGAGAGCAACGCCCACAUACAGCGCACGAGCCCCAGCUCUCAGGUGGUGCAGCCGGUGCAGGACAUCCGCGGCCUGCGGCUGAUCGCCUUCCAUCCGAUCUCGCGCACGGACGUCUCGGUGCACGUCACGUCCGCCCUGCCGGAGCACUAUCGCACGAUCAAGGUGAAGCUGUGCCGGGAGGACGCUCCCGACUCGCCGGUGCACGUCUCCAAGCUGGACGUGCAGCAGACCACCGGCAAGAACGCCGGCAGCUACAACGCCGGUUUCCUGGUGCACUUUCCACCUCUGCAGGCCGACGGCAGGAAGUACUUCGUUCAACUGGAGUCGUCGCUCUCCCAGGCCGUGCACAAGUACCGCACCGUUCCGGUCUACUUCGAGGCGAACUCGUCGUUCAAGUACGUCAAGCUGGCGUUCAACGCGGAGCGGAAGGUCGAUCAGGGUGAGAUGAAUCAGACGUCGGUGAUCGCGCUGCCGUUCAUCAUGCUGGUCGCGCUCGCGUUCCUCAAUCGCGAGAAACUGUGGGUCUGGUUGAACGCGCUGCUGGAGAGACGCUCCAAGCCCGUGCCGAGCUCCAGAGCGCCCGUCCAGGCCAUUCCCAUCGAUCCCAGAGCGGACGACAUCAUAGUCGAGCAAAUAAUGAAUAUUAACAAGAGGAAGACGAAGCCGCGAAAAGCGUAGACUGUAUAUUGUUAUCAUCAUCAUCAUUUAUGCAGUAAGACUCAUUUUCAAUAAUACCAAGAGAUUGUCGAAGAUGUAAGAAUCUUACAUCGUUCCUUGUUUUAUACGUCUGAUUAUCUGUCCGCAACAUUUGUCACGACAGUCGCAUGUGUCACAAAAGCGAAGGAAGACUGUCACGAUACACUCGAACGUGUAUUUAGAUUUCUUAAUUUUCUUAAUAUUUGUACGUACAAUAUUUAAUCGUGGGAGAAUUACGUGUUCGAGUCAGAGAUGUAUAUAACGUACAUGAAUCGUUUGUAUGUAUAUCGAGAAAACUUUUUUAGCAUUGUAAUAGUUUAACGUGGGAGGCAUGCGGAUACGUCAAGUGAUGCACCGACACGUGCACCGACCUGCAUCCGGUACGUAAGUCAUGAUAUAUAUAUAUAUAACCGUUAAGUUAUAUAAAGUAAGAUGUACAUACAAAAAUACUGUUGUUAUAUUCAUGGAAUUGUUAUAAAUGUUCUUGCAAAUAA